AUGGCCGAAAAGAAAAUUCAAGAGAACCCGCUCCCAGAAGACCAACCUGCAGAGACAGUGGACAAACCUAAAGACAUGGUACCAAAACCAGUCCCAGACAAACCUGCCAUUAGUGUACCAGUACCAGUGGUCACUGCACCUGAGGUGACUCCUCGGCUGACUACUCCAGUGUUCUCCAAGACAUCUCCAAAUGACCUAUACAGAAGACUGUUGCCUGCCAUGCUAUUUGUCCUGACUUUUGUAACUGUUAUGACUAUGUUACUGAUCUAUAUGGAUACAGUAGCACUGGGCGCCCAGAAGUUCCGCGCGAACAUGUCUCGAGACUACGAGCUGGCGAACAUAGAGCAGGGCUCCGCGGCGCUGGUGGCCUUCGUGCAGCAGCUGCACCUGGCGCCGCGACACGCCACGCCGCCCUCGCACCCGCCGCCCGAACCCACGCCGCAGGUUGAGGUCAUGGACAGACUCUUUGGUGAAAUUUAUAACGGCACAUUCGUGGAGUUCCUCCCCCGCGGGCCCCGGUCGCAGACGUCCGAGUACCUGGAGCGCGCGCGCGGCUGGGACGGGCUGGUGGUGCGCGCGGCGGCGCGGGACUACCUCGCGCUGCGCGGCGCCGCGCGCGCGCUCCACGCUUGUCUCAGCCCCACUGCGCAUCCCAGGGAGGUGACGUACGCGGAGUCGGAGCGCGCGGAGGCCGUGUUCCGGUCGCGCGUGCUGUGCCUGCCGCUGCUGACGGUGCUGCUGGCGGCGGACGCGGCGGCCGCGCGCCUGCUGCAGCUGGCCGGCCCGCACGCCGCGCCCGCGCUCACGCAGCUGCCCUUCCACGACCCGCGCCUGCAUCUACAGAUGAUAGAAGUGGAAUUCACAGACGACACAAUCCGUAACAAGACGACACAGUUCCUUCUGUCCAAAAACUACACAGUGGCGGCCUCUUUCGACACUAGCGUCAUGUACGUACUCAACAACUCCACGCAACACUGA